AUGCAACUGGUGGCGGAGCAAGAUUGGGCCACCAAAAGAGCCCUGGUGGAACAAGCCCGCAACCACGAUUGGGAGCUGGGCCUGACGGAUGACGCGGACUGGCGACAAAAACUCCGGAAGCACUUCGAGAGCAUCUUCGCCAAACAGCGGGGAACUAGCGUGUCAAUGGCCAUACAGGACACCCUCGGGCGAUUGGCCCGCCUCUGCAAGCAACAGCCCUGGAGACCCUUCCAACUGGAGGACCUCCAAGCGACGAGAAGCCGGUGGAAGAAUGGGAAAUCGUGUGGCCCCGACCGAGUCUCACACGAGGCCCUCAAGGCCAUGCUCUCCCACCCAGUCUGGGGGAACAAGCUCGUCGAACUCUUCAAUGACAUGCUCUACACGGCCCGCAUAGUGGAGAGCAUCGAGGCCAGCAUCACAAUCUUGUUGGCAAAAGUGCCACAGCCGCUGGCAUGGGGGGAGACCCGCCCCAUUACAUUGACGUCCGUUCUGCUGAAAACAUUCGGGCAACUUCUCCUUCAGCGAGCGGGGGACUCAGUACAGACCCCAGCAAGACUACAGUGGUGCCGCAAAGGACGCCAGGGAAUCGAGCUCAUCAUGAUCCUUCGUCGAAUUGCCAGAAUUGCGCAUGACUGGGGCUUGGACAUGUAUAUUGCCAAACUCGACAUACGAAAGGCCUUCGACAGCAUCUUCCAGGAGAGCCUCGCCUCCCACAUCAGCAAACAAGUGGGGGAAAAAGGCAAACUACCUUGGGAAGCCCGAGCUUGGGUCUCCCUCCUUCAUGCGCAGCGCAUCACAAUCCACGUGGCCGGGGAAAGCAUCCCCGUAGACCAGAGCAACGGCGUACGCCAGGGCGCUCCAGAAAGCCCAGUCGCAUUUGGAGCCGUCGUUGCCGAGGACCUUGACGCGUCCAUCGCCGAUGGGGGGAGCUACAUGGACGACAACUACAUAUGGUCAGUGGACAAGAAGCAUAUGCAGGCGAUGUUGGACCAACUCGGGGAACGACUUCCCCGGCGAGGCCUCUUCCUGCACCCCACGAAGACGGACAUCAUUCGGAACAACAGCACCCCGGUCAAGUUCAAUGUGGCGGGGGAAGUGGUGCCGACAAAGGGACCGCACCACAUGUUCUAUGUACUCGGAAGCCCCCUCUCUUUCCAGGGGGGAACCCCUAUGCUGGUCGCUGAGAUGCAGAGCAGGGCGAGAAAAGCCUUUUGGGCCCACCGAGACGCGUUCACGUCCAAAGCCAGCCUGCGUGACAAACUCAAGCUGCAUGUCAUCCUAGUGCGCCAAAGUGCACUUUGGGCUUGCCAGACGUGGCCCUGCCACACAAGCCUGCUGCGGGCCGUCAACUCCGUGCAAAUCGCACAGAUGCGCACGAUGCUGGGACUCAAGAGAUUGCCGACGGAGGAAUGGGCAACUUGGAACAAGCGCAGCCUCAGACGGACGAGACUGGCCCUCUUUCACAGCGGGGGAGUCCGAUGGAGCUCAUUCGUCCUCUCCCAAAUCUGGAGGGCUGUUGGACACAUUUGCAGAGGGGAUGUCAUCGGCAACAAAGUCUUCCAGUGGCACAGCUUACAGUGGUGGCAAGAAAUGAAGGAGCGGGGGAACGCGGCGCAGCAUGCCCAACGCUUCAACGCCUUCAUGGACAUCGACCGCCAACUCAGUGACACCGCAGGCAGAGACUGGGGGAUGAAAGCCCUCAACCGAGAGACGUGGAGCAGCCUCGAAGCGACUUUCAUCGACCGCUAUGACGUCCCCUGGAGCAGUGGCAAGCAACCCAGUCUUCAGGGGAACACCUUGCUGACUUGA